UACUCUUUUACUGGGAGACUUUUGUUUCUUCAGGAACCUCUUUUUGUCCUCAGCGGGUUUCAGACUAACUCAAUAUUUCUGAAAGCUUUUUGCCAAACCUUUUUUUUUUUCUUCUUUAUUGAUUUCAUUUAAGCUCUGACUGCCAUCCUGCACAAAACACAAAAAAGGGUUUUUAUUUUCCGGCCGGAGUGUGAUCGUUGUGGUACUGCCAUGCCAAACAGCCGCUGUGUUGCUGUGUUCAUAUUGGUAUUCUUCACAGCUGGAGCCACCACAGACUACGACAGCUACAGUGACUUCAUAGAGGAAGAUUACACUCCCCAGCUGGACUAUAAAGACCCAAAUUGGUGUCGUUCUCCGCAGCUGACCAAUGGUGAGGUGGCCUGCCGCUCCCCUCAGGGCGGGGCCCACAGGGGCAUGCUGGGCACCCUCUGCGAGAUGACCUGCGAUCGAGGCUACCGACUGCAGGGCAGAAGGUCCAUUCAGUGCCUUGCCAACCGUCUCUGGUCUGGGACGGCUUACUGUCGCAGGAUCCGUUGCCACGUGUUGCCCCUCAUCCCACAGGGCAGAUACACCUGCACUCAUGGCUUCUUCGUGGACUCCAGGUGUGACUUCACCUGUAGCCCCGGCUAUCGCAUCGAGGGGGAACACUCACGCACCUGCCAGCAUGGGGGGUCGUGGAGCGGAGUGCAGCCGGUGUGUUCAGAUACUGACCCGCCAAAGAUCAAGUGUCCACCAUCCAGACUGAAGCUGGCUGAUCCUGGAAAGCUCACAGCCAAAGUGAGCUGGGACCCCCCAGCUGCCACUGAUACUGCAGACAAAUUCCUUAAUGUAGUGUUAGUGGACCAGGCGCCUGGCACUGAAUUUAAAGAGGGACUGCAUGUCAUCAGAUACAAGGUGUACGAUCAAGCCAGGAACAGAGCUACCUGCAAGUUUCUUGUACGUGUAAAGGUAAAAAGGUGUCUAGAGCUACCUCCACCUCUGCACGGUUACCUCAGCUGCUCCUCUGACGGGAAUAACUACGGUGCAGCGUGUGAAUACCUCUGCGAUAGCGGAUAUGAGCGCAGGGGGACAUCUAGCCGUGUCUGCCAGUUCAACCACAGCUGGAGCGGAAGCCCUGCCGAAUGUGUCCCGAUGGAGUUUAAAUUCAGUAUAAAGACAGCUUCAGCUCUCCUGGACCAGUUCUAUGAAAAGAGGAGGCUGCUGAUCAUGUCGGCGCCCAACAUAUCCGACUCGGACUACCAGCUACAGAACAUCAUGAUACAAAAAUCUGAUUGUGGAUUGGACCUUCGACAUGUCACAGUGAUUGAACUCCUGGGCUCUCCGCCUCGUGAGACGGGACGCAUCAAAGAAAAUCUGCUUCAGUCUGAAGUCAUCGAGGGUUUGAGGCAAGCAUACAGAAUCUCCCGAUCCUAUUUCAGCAUGGUGCUGCUGGACGAACUUGGUGUUGACAGAGAACGCUUCAUUGUCCCGGUAUCAUCGGAGGAGCUGUUCUCCUACAUAGACAGUUUCGUGCUGGAAGAGGAGGAACGGGAAAGGCUGGAGGUCCACAGAGAUUUCUGUGACUAACUUAUUAAAGCUCUCUGGCUGCCACAGCAACACAGUCAUCUUUAAUAGUAAGAUGAGAUGUGGAGGGACAAAUGUGAAAACAGCCCAGAGGGAGAUUAAAGACGAGGGCAGCUCCUCAUGUUUAAAUUUGCACAACACUGAAGUGCCGGCACUAUUUGCUCAAUGUAAAAAUCAGCUGAGGGGCAUGAAAGAAAGAGCUUAUUUUUACCUAAUUUCAGCAGAAAAUUCAGGUCUAACAUUAGUGAAGUAACAUCUUUUAUUGCAAGAAAUCUAGAAAAUGAAACCUAUUCCACUUUUAUGUCAUGUUCACAUAUUAAAUCCCAAAGGUAACUCCAGUUUACCAGUAACUGAAGCUCUAAAAGAAAAAAGACCAGUUGGCUACUAAUGGAUAAUAAAAGUGGAGACGAGGACAUGAUGGGUUUAACUUUUAUUGGCUCAACAGAUUAUUCAAGGCAACCUUGAGUUUAAUGUGACUGAUAAUGCUCCAACACAAAAGUUUAACAAACAUUUAAAACAGUCAUUUAAUUUCUUCAAUAAGACCUUUAAUUGAAUUUGUAUAAAUAUAAGUGUAUUAAAGCACAGUUGUGCACAUUUAGUAUAACAGUUUUAUCCAAACCCAGAAUUCUCCAUAUUACCAGUUUAUAAUGAAUUGUUUUCCUUCAUAGUGUUCUUCUGUAAACUAUUAUAAAGACAAGUGUGAAAAAUUAA